UGAUCAUUAGUUUUUCAUUUUAUAUUUAUGAAAACAGAAAAAGAAAAAAAAAGGUAGCACAGCACAGAUGAGUGAGAUGGAUCGUUAGCUUGUUAAUAAUGAGGAGGAGGAUGAUGACACCUCACUGAACCUCAAGAAGAUGAAGAAGAAGAUAUCCAAAACCCAUUUUCAUAUUUUUCUUGGUUUUUACUUGGAAACCCCCUAACCCCACCACUCCAAGACAAAACUGUUAAAGAAGAUGACUAACAAAUACACAUAUUUCUUUGCUUCUCAGUUUCUCAGGCUCCCUUCUUGACUCAGUAACCAAGAUAACGCCUUUUUUAUAUAUAAAUAAAUAUAUUUCAAAUUUCACCAAUACCCAAAUCACAAUUUCCAAUUGGGAACCCGAAAACCCUAGAAAGAUCGGAUUUUGAAGUGGAUCUGUUGGGGAAGAAGAGGAGGAUGGGGGAUAAUCAGGACGACGAUCGGAGCCAGAGCAGUGACUACACGUCGGAGGACGAAGGCACCGAAGACUACAGGCGAGGAGGCUACCACGCUGUUCGAAUCGGCGACACUUUCAAGAGCGGACGGUAUGUCGUUCAGACGAAGCUCGGUUGGGGCCAUUUCUCCACCGUCUGGCUCGCUUGGGACACCCACCACUCUCGUUAUGUUGCUCUGAAAGUGCAAAAGAGUGCUGACCACUACACUGAAGCGGCAAUGGAUGAGAUAACCAUCUUGAAACAGAUUGCAGAGGGGGACACAGAUGAUAACAAAUGUGUAGUGAAGCUUCUGGACCAUUUUAAGCAUUCGGGUCCGAAUGGACAACAUGUUUGUAUGGUUUUUGAGUACUUGGGUGAUAAUCUGUUGACGCUUAUUAAGUAUAGUGAUUACCGCGGGGUACCACUCCAUAUGGUUAAGGAGAUUUGUUAUCAUGUUUUGGUUGGAUUGGAUUACUUACAUAGACAGCUCUCGAUUAUACACACUGAUUUGAAGCCGGAGAACAUAUUGUUGUUGUCAACGAUAGACCCUUUCAAGGAUCCAAGAAAGUCAAGCGCGCCUCUUAUUCUUUCAAGCAGUAAGGACAAGGAUGCAUCGGAGUCAGGGUUUGCAAAGGCAUUGAAUGGGGAUUUGAGUAGGAACCAGAAGAAAAAGAUUAGAAGAAAGGCUAAACGAGCGGCUCAAGGAUGUGCGGAUAGAGACGAAGCUGAUGCUGAUCUAGAAACAUCCACCGAAGUAGAGUCAUCUCCUAAUACAAAAUUGAAUGUGCAUUCCGGCGAAAAUCAGGCUACUAGUUCUGUCACUAUGAGUAGAUCAUCAGAUGCUGAUGGACCAAAGCGCACUCGCCCAGGAAGUCAGGGUAGUAAGAGAGGGAAUCGCACCACAAGGCAGAAGUUGUUGGCAUCAAUUGACCUGAAGUGCAAAUUGGUUGACUUUGGGAAUGCAUGUUGGACUUACAAACAGUUCACAAACGAUAUCCAAACAAGACAGUAUAGGUGUCCAGAGGUGAUCCUUGGCUCAAAGUAUUCUACCUCAGCAGAUCUUUGGUCUUUUGCUUGUAUUUGUUUCGAGCUUGCAACUGGUGAUGUACUCUUUGAUCCCCACAGUGGCGACAACUUUGACAGGGAUGAGGACCACUUAGCAUUGAUGAUGGAGCUUCUUGGAAUGAUGCCACGGAAGAUUGCUUUAGGUGGUCGAUAUUCCCGAGAUUACUUUAAUAGAUAUGGUGAUUUGAGGCACAUCCGUCGCUUGCGUUUUUGGCCCCUGAAUAAGGUUCUUGUAGAAAAGUAUGAAUUCAGCGAGCAAGAUGCAAGUGACUUAACUGACUUCCUUGUUCCCAUCCUCGACUUUGUCCCUGAGAAACGGCCUACUGCUGCACAAUGCCUUCUUCAUCCAUGGAUUAAUGCAGGUCCUCGACUAUUGGAACCAUCUAUAGCUUCUGAUAAGAAACCAGGCGUGGACCAUGACACGACUGAAAAGAACAAGAGGGAAAAAGAUGAGAGGGAGGCAAUGGAGGCUGGAGUGGAAAAUAUUGCCAUUAAUUCCGAUUCUAAACCUGUCAAAGACCUCCCAUCUAGUAGUAAACCCUCCAAGGCGGCCGUAAGUAGUUCAUCCAGGUAGAAUCCUAGGAUAAUUUUUGUCUACGGAAUAUGCCUCUUCAUCAGUUUUCUUGUUGGGCUGUGAGAUUGCUUCGAUUGGCUUGACUUACAAAUUUAUUUUGCGGGAUUGCUUCUAAUGCUGGCAAACUUCAGCAUAAGGAAGUUUGAUGCUCCGGUUACAAGUGAACCUUCUUUCAAGCGCAAUUGGCAAACACUGUACACUUCUCCUACAACCAGAUCGUCUGUGAAAAUGUUCAUUUCAAUGUGAUUCAUGUACUGAACUCCAAUCGUGAUAUUGGGACUCUUGGAACACUAAAUCACAUAAUGUUCUUUUUAUUUUUAUUUUUAUUUUUAUU